AUGGGAGUUGACUAUGCAGGCCCCAUCAAGUACCAAAUCUCAAGCAAACGAGAAGGCAAAGCAUACAUCAUCUUGUACGCUUGCAGUUUAACGAGAGUGUUAUAUCUUGACCUGACGAGGAGCUUGGAAAUCAGUGAAUUCCUCCUAAGCUUGAAAGGGCUAAUAGCUAGGUGUGGCAGACCCAGCAAAAUCUAUUCAGACAAUGGUAGUACCUUCCUUGGAGCAGCAACUUGGAUUCGUCAGGUCAUGCACGAUGAGAAAUUGAGCGACUUUCUUGCCCACCUGCAAAUCUCCUGGCAAUGCAAUCUCAGCAGAGCACCCUGGUGGGGAGGUCAAUUCGAGCAUAUGGUGGGGCUAGUCAAAGGAGCAACGAGAAAAAGCAUUGGAAAUGCUCAACUGACCUAUGAUGAGCUGAAAGAAGUUCUAUUGGAUGUUGAAGUGGCUCUAAACAACUGUCCAUUUUCCUAUGUUGAAGAUGUCCAACUGCCAGUGCUUACACCCAACUUGAUGCUGUGCACUCAACCAAACUCAAUUCCAGAAAUGCCACCACAUCACAAAGAAGAUCUGGAGCUCAGGAAAGGUGCCAAGUACUCACAAAGAUGCAAGGAGGCCAUGUGGCAACGUUGGACAAAAGAAUAUUUACGUGGUCUAAGGAACGGCACAAUCUUAAACACAAGAGAUCUUCACGCAGUGUAG